AAACAAACUGGAAAAACCCAAAUAGAAAUCUCCGAUCCUCGGAACUCAAUGCUCCGGCGACAUCUCCGGUCACCUCAAUUUUCCACCAUUUUUUUUAUAAUCCAUAGCUCUUUUCAUUACUUUAACAAACAAGGACAUAGCUAUAUGAAUUUGACAAAGGUAUGUGCCUUUUCACCCUUCAAGUCAAAUUUUGUUCAAAGACUCACCUCAAAAAUAACCAUAAACCUCUCAAUCUUGGAGGUUCUUCUGCUAAAAUGCCAAAAUUCUAAGCAUUUUGGGCAAAUUCUUUCACAAAUGAUCUCCACUGGGUUCAUCAGAGAUACAUAUGCUGCAAGCAGGAUUCUCAAGUUUUCCACUGACUCACUUUUCAUUCACGUUAAUUACUCUCAUAAAAUCUUCGAUUACAUAGAUAAUCCAAAUGGGUUUAUUUGUAAUACCAUGAUGAGAGCUUAUUUACAGCGAAACCAGCCUCAAAAUACAAUCUUUUUGUAUAAAUCAAUGUUGAAAAAUAAUGUAUGUAUUGAUAAUUAUACGUUUCCGCUUCUGGUUCAAGCUAGCACAGUUAGAUUGUCCGAAGCCGAAGGAAAAGAGUUUCAUAAUCAUGUUAUUCAAACGGGAUUUGGUUCGGAUGUUUAUGUUAAGAACACUUUGAUUAACAUGUAUGCUGUCUGUAGAAACUUGAUUGAUGCAAGGAAGAUGUUUGAUGAAAGUCCUGUUCUGGACUCGGUUUCGUGGAAUUCGAUACUGGCAGGUUAUGUUCAAGUUGGAAAUGUUGAUGAGGCAAAAGUAAUUUUUGAUAAGAUGCCUAUGAAGAAUGUUAUUGCAUCCAAUUCUAUGAUUGUAUUGUUGGGUAGGUCUGGUAGGAUGAGUGAGGCUUGUCAAUUAUUCGAUGAAAUGAUGGAAAAAGAUGUGGUUUCUUGGACUGCUUUAAUUUCUUGCUAUGAGCAACAUGGGAUGUACACACAAGCGUUGGAUUUGUUUAUGCAAAUGUGUUCUAAUGGAAUUUCCAUAGAUGAGGUUGUUGCGGUAAGUGUGCUGUCUGCAUGUGCACACUUGUUGGUUGUUCAAACUGGUGAAUCAGUACAUGGAUUGGUUAUAAGAGUUGGUUUUGAAUCAUAUGUCAACCUUCAAAAUGCUUUAAUCCAUAUGUACUCUACCUGUGCAGAUGUAAUGGCUGCACAAAGAUUGUUUGAUACGAGUAGUCAUCUGGACCAGAUAUCGUGGAACUCAAUGAUCUCUGGCUACUUGAAAUGUGACUCUCUGGAGCAGGCUAGAGAAUUAUUUGAUUCCAUGACUGAGAAGGAUGUUGUGUCAUGGACUACAAUGAUUUCUGGUUAUGCGCAACAUGAUCAUUUCUCAGAGACUUUAGCACUGUUUCAGGAGAUGCUGCAUGAGGACAAUAAGCCUGAUGAAACUACUUUGGUCAGUGUUCUUUCGGCUUGCACCCACUUGUCUGCCCUUGAUCAAGGAAAAUGGAUUCACGCUUACAUACGAAAGAAUGGGCUCAAAGUGAAUAGCAUUCUUGGCACAACUCUUCUUGACAUGUACAUGAAAUGUGGUUGUGUGGAGAAUGCAUUGGAAGUCUUCAAUGGAAUGGAAGAAAAAGGGGUGUCUUCUUGGAAUGCUUUAAUUCUUGGGUUGGCCAUGAAUGGGCAGGUGGAAAGAUCACUAGACAUGUUUCAGAAGAUGAAGGAAUGUGGUGUAACCCCUAAUGAGGUUACUUUUGUCGCAGUUCUUGGUGCCUGUCGACAUAUGGGACUGGUAGAUGAGGGCCGCUCCUACUUUAAUGCUAUGACCAGACAUUACAAUGUUGAACCUAAUAUCAAGCACUAUGGAUGCAUGGUUGAUCUACUUGCUCGUGCAGGGUUGCUCAAAGAAGCUGAGACACUUAUUGACAGUAUGCCUAUAGCUCCUGAUGUUGCCACUUGGGGUGCUCUUCUUGGAGCUUGCAGAAAACAUGGUAAUAGUGAAAUGGGGGAGAGAGUUGGAAGGAAGCUCCUUGAACUUCAGCCAGAUCAUGAUGGAUUUCAUGUGUUACUGUCCAACAUAUAUGCUUCAAAGGGUAAUUGGGAUAGUGUUCUGGAUAUUAGAGUAGCAAUGACGCGGCAGGGGGUUGUUAAAGUUCCUGGCUGCAGUAUGAUUGAAGCAAAUGGUGCUGUUCAUGAAUUCUUGGCAGGAGACAAGUCUCAUUCCCAGAUAAAUGAAAUUGAAGAAAUGUUGGCUGAAAUGGAAAAACGGUUGAAAAUAAUGGGCUAUGCCCCAGACACAGAUGAGGUUUUACUUGAUAUUGAUGAGGAAGAAAAAGAAAGUACCCUGUUUAGACAUAGUGAAAAGCUUGCAAUUGCCUAUGGGCUCAUUGCUAUCGCUCCUCCUACUCCUAUAAGAAUAAUCAAGAACUUACGAAUAUGUAGUGAUUGUCACGCAGCAGCAAAACUAAUAUCAAAAGCUUUUGAUCGGGAAAUUGUGGUGAGGGAUCGGCAUCGGUUUCAUCAUUUUAAGGAUGGCUCUUGUUCCUGCAUGGAAUUUUGGUAGCUAAUACCCUGUUAUUGGCCCUUAAAGAACUAUUAUGAAGGUUGUUCAACUUGAAUGCCUCAAUCUUCAACAUUAACAGGCCAAUGGCCUCCAUUCAUGAAUGACCUGUGCAUAGGCUCCAACAAGGCUAUCAUCUCCCAUAUGGCCAAACCUGCAUGAUAAUUCAAUCUUCAUUUUGUUGACACUGACCUUGGAUAUGGAUCUUAAGGCAAGGGUUCUGAUGCUUACACUGUCUUUCACUCCUUGAGUUCCCAUUUUCUUACCAGAUCUCCACAUAUUUCAGAUUGUGCCAUCUGAUUAUCUUAAUUAAUUAGAUUCUGGACUGUAACAUAAAAGGAGCUCAUUGUCAAAAUUGAAAUUUUUGGUCACUUACUCUUCUAGGACCCAAGUAUUUGUAUAAUCUUGCGAUGUUACUGCAAUGUGACAUAGUAAUAUCAGUAUAUCACCUUGCAGUGACUGGAAUAAGUCUUAAGUAUCUAAUAAUGCACUUGAAUAGUUGAAUUAGAGUUGGGGGCCGCCACCUAAAGUGCAGUGGAAGCUUGUGUGAUUUCUCUAUAAGCAGCUUAUUUAUGUAUUAAUCAAAGCAUUUACCCCAUUCUUGAAGAUUUGAAGCUGAACAGGUGAAUAUAGGUUGUCACUUGUCAGUAAUAGAAGAAGAAUUGACCUGUUUCAUUGUUAUGUUUUCCAGGUAUCUUUACAGUCGAUGGACAAGGAGUUGUAGAUUUGAUUUCCUUGAACUGAAUAGGAGAGAUAACCAUGGACUGUUGAUUUUUUAGCAUACAGAAUAAGGGUGCAUUUCUAUGUUAAUUUUGCAGUGUGUUGAAGAAUUUCAGUAGUAGUUAAUGAACAAGUUUAUGCAUACAUGGUGGAAGCAAAUGCGUUGGGGCUACCAGUGGAAUUAUACUGCCAAAUAUACAAGCAAUACUCUUGUAAAACUGGCAUGUAACAUGACAUUCUUAUUUCUCAAAAUCAUGACUUGUUCUGUAGAUAAGAUAGAGAAUGUGAUACAAAGCAGCAAAGAAGGUUUCCAUGACCUUGAGCCUGUAAUGUUUGUAUUUUGCUCCCUUUCUAGUUGUAUGAUGUAUUUUAUCAACUGGAAAAAUGAAGUUAAAAUUUUACA